CUUGACGUUGCCGCAAGUCUCGGUGGCCGCAACAGCAAUCACCCGAGUUGUCCGUGCUGGCACUACGGCCGUGUUGCAGCUAGUCCCCACAGAGGCAGACCACCAUGGCUAGUCCACGAACGAGGAGGGUCUUACAAGACCUGAAGCCCCGGGAUUCGAAUAACAAAUGCUUCGAGUGUGGAGCCCACAACCCCCAGUGGGUCAGUGUCACCUAUGGCAUCUGGAUCUGCCUGGAAUGCUCGGGAAAACACCGGGGUCUUGGUGUGCACCUCAGUUUCGUGCGAUCCAUCACGAUGGACAAGUGGAAGGACCUGGAGCUGGAGAAGAUGCGUGUCGGUGGCAACGACAAGGCGCGCCGCUUCCUCGAGGCCCAGCUGGACUGGGACCCCACCGCACCCCUGGCCCAGCGCUACGACUCCAAGGCGGCUGCUCUCUACAGGGACAAGAUUGCUACAGAGGCCCAGGGCAAGACGUGGUCGGCCGAGACUUCGUCCGGCCGGCACCACGUGACGCGCACCUUUCCCAAGAGCAGCUCGGGUCCCGAACUCAAGCAGAGCUUCGGCACGGGCUCAUCACGCUUCGACGACUCGGGCAGCCGGCCCGAAGACUGGAGUGGGGGCUACCAGAGUUACAACUUCAACUCGGAGCAGGUAGCGUCUCACAGAGACGAGUUCUUCUCCCGGGUCCAAGCACAGAAUGCCACACGGCCCGACGACUUGCCACCCAGCCAAGGUGGACGCUACAGUGGGUUUGGCAACACGGUCUCGGCGCCGCCACGUAGCCAGUCCCAGGAUUUGUUCGAUGGUGCCUGGUCUUCCUUCAGCUCGGGGCUUGCCACAUUUGCAGCUGGGGCCACAAAGGUGGCAUCAAAGGCAUCAGAAAAUGCCGUCAAGAUCGGCAGCAUAGCAGCCCAGAAGGCAGCCGAGCUCUCUGGGGCUGUCAGCGAAAAGGUGAAAGACGGCACGCUCAUCAACGAUCUGCAGAGCCAGGUCACCACCAUUAGCACCAAGGUGGUGGACGUGAGUCGACGCGGAGUGCAGGACCUCUCAACGCUGUUCGCCCAGAAGGCCACCACGCUGGAAACUGCCGAGGGCGCCCCCAACGAAAAAUCUUCGCUCCUCUUUGCCACAUCCGCGCCCCCGUCACGAGACAGGAGCCAGAAUCCGGAUUGCAGUGACACUCCGCUGCUGCAGCAGCACGACCGACCGUUCAGCCCCGAACGGGAGGAGGAAGGCUGGAACUGGUCGGCUGGCAACAGUGGCUCUAGUUCUCCUGCACAGCCCAAGAAUCAUGAAAACGACAACUGGAACGAUUGGGAGGCCGGGGACACCGCCUGGGAGCCCGUGACUACCGCAUCAUCUCCGUCGCAGAAGUCGUCUUCAAAGGCCAAGGCGUCCGCAUCCAAGAGUUCGACCUCCACGAAGCAAGGCUCCAGUAAAAGCUCGUCCGCCAAGUCGCCCACGUCAAAGCUCUCGCCAACAAAAUCUCUCUCGUCCAAAAAGAAGGGUGACGAGAAGCUUCUCAUCGACUUCGGCGAGGAGUCGUCGGGCAAGGGUGGCUCGUCGGCGAACCACGACUGGGACUCCGGAUGGGACGACGAUAAUGGCUGGGAGCAGCUGGAUUCGUCGUCGGGCUCCAAAGGGUACCAGCGCAUCAGCACCAAAGCAGAUUGAUGGCUUGAAUGUUGCCCUAGUGUGCGCUGUGUCAUCGGUGGGGAUGUGUUUGCCGACGAUGAAUGGUGAACCGGACUGGGGGGGUGUGUGCAAGUCAACGAAAAAGAGCGAUGACGCGCUUGUCAUCGUGCCGGUGUGGUGGUGUUGUGCGGCAGUCUCCUCUCCACGCUCUGAACACAACAAUAGGAGUUGGGGUGCGGUCAGGGGGCGACGCUGUCCGCCGCCAAGAAUGAGACUCCAGUUUUCAAAGUUCAAGAUCACGCAAUGGUUCCUCUUCUCUGUAGUUGGUCUCUCCGUGAUGCGGUUUCCGCUGAAAACCGUUUGGCUCUAGUUUGCCUGUGUGGCUGUGCAGCGCAGGGCAUUCAUUGGGCUGUGCAAGUAACAUGUGGGCCACUUUUAUGCCUAGUAAACUAUGAAUUGUGAUGUCUCUCGCCUUGUGGCUAGGUUUUCCAAGUUUGCGACUGUGUGCCGUUGUAUGAAUGAGAUGCUUUUGAUUUCUGUUACGAGAAACCGGGGCCCAUGCAAAGAAGAGAACUUGUGCCGGUGUACACUCACUGGAGCUGCCAAGAUUCCAUGCUUUUAAAAUUGUCCGUGUUUGCUCAUUUUAAAUAUUUGUCGGGAAGCAGUUAUGCUGCACAUCUGCAUCCUAGUAUUGUCUCUGCUCAGCCUGCCUUGCUGAGGUCUGGGAGCAAGUUUUCACGUCUGAACCCUCACUGUACAACAGCUAAGAGCUUGUCUAUUGCUGUCGGCGAUGUGCCAACUAGAUUAAAAAAAAGUGGCAAAUAUUGUGAGCACAUCAAAAUUAUUACAACAUGAUUUAACCACUGUUUGCUUUUGUAAUGUGUUUCGGAAAGCCCACAGUAACUGCAUCUAAAACUUGCUUUUGACACUUUAACAUAAUUCGUCUCUGCCUUUUCUGUCAAAUGCUUCUUUCCUUAACAGUUCUUCUAGUUUUCUAGCAUGUUGAUUAAAAGUGGCCACCCUCUCUCACUUUCCUUUGUGUUUAGGCUUGUACUCUGAAUGUACUAAUCAUUUGCACUGAGAACCUGACAUCUUUCGUUGAUUGCAUCAACCAUCGUAACAAGCAGCUAACAUGCAAUAUUUUCCCAUGCUGGAUUGAUACAUACUACAAAGGGUCCAAGACUUUUUCAUGUAACAAGGCUGUGUUUAGUAGUCUUGUAAAAAAAAAUGCAAGUUGUCAUUAAUUGGUGUAAAAAUGGUGGAACAUUGCAUGGCACUGGCUCAUUUGAACUCCUGUGGAUUUAUGGCAAACAAGAAGGUGCGCCAGUGCAGUGCCUCAUUCAUAGAUCUUGUCCAGAGAACAACUUUGCCAAAGUGGCUAAUCGAUAUCUUCAAAGAAGUGCCGUUCAGAUCAAUUAUGCUUAGACAUCUUGCCUGAUUUAAAGCUGUGAGUGUCAUACAAAUAGUAGCUUAUGUUCAGAUAUAUUAGAUCUGCGAUGAUAUUGAGCGUUGCCGGUAAAAAGUAGCUGAUAUAUAAGUGGCUUUCCUGGUGAAGGUGCUAGCUUAUCCACAGGUUUUGUGCAGAGAUGGCAUUUAAUUUAUUCCUCAUGCAGUAUCAUGUGUGUGAUUAGUCGUUUAUAUAAAUUCCUAUUUUGUCUGGAAUAUAGUAACAGUUACCCUCUGAAAAAGUCCGGCAAAAUGCACUUUUUUUUUAUAAAAGAGCAAGAUGCUGCCUAUUGUCAGGAGUGUGAAAUUACGCUUAGUUUUAUGUCUGCAAUGCCAUGAUUUUUUUUUUUAUGUGGUGUGUAGCAUUACUGAUACCGGACUGCAUUUCUGAUAUACACGAUCGACGUAUAGAGCAUUAAGGCAGCUUAUCAAACCUGCAAAGCCGAAAUUCUCAUUCUUAUCAGUUGAAUGCCUGAAUAUUGCGAUAUAAAUAUAGAAACUUAGCAUAGGGCUCAUGGUAGUAUUUUUUUAAAAAUGUAGUUAGGUUCUCUUAUUGGUAGGCUCAUAUCAAUCACUAUUUAAAAACCGUACUUAUAAAAUUCAGUUCAAGUACCAGUUCAUAUUUUCAUGGUACAAAUGGACCUUUCAUGGCCAAUAUGUUGCAAAUUUCUCUGAUUCCGAGUGGUGCUUCGGCUUUUUGCGCAUAUAUGGAGGACCUUAUUAUCCUAAAGAAUAAACACGAUGCUAGCUCUGUGCAAAGUUUGAGUCCGCAUAGGGGAGCACUUCAGCCAGAAGAACCAUUUAUGGCAGUCCCCCUUCUAAGACAGUGUAGAGCAUUCGUGACCCUGGCGAGCUUAGGUUCUAAUGACGUUACUUUUUUUUUUUUUUUUUCAAAGCUUUGCCUGUGGGUUCGUCCUUGUUUAUUUCGAAAUUGUAUUCCUUUUUUCAUUUAGUCUGCAAUGGUACAAUUUGGGUCUGUUUUGUGUGUGCUGGUUGCUAGUGAAGAAUGAUUGUUGAUGGUUUGUAGUCAGGGUUGCCGUUGGGUAGAAUCGGAGAGGUGCCAGAACUCGAGGCAACUGUAGCCAAAGUAGCCACGUCAUUUAAUAUUGUUGCCGAAUUGGUAGCCAUAUAGAACAGGAGUAGUACUGUAACAUGAACAGAGUCUUUUCUUUUUUAAUGAUGAAUAAAUAAAACUUUUUGAAGUAAAACCAGAAAUUUAGAAGUGGCCAGUAAAAAGCCAUUGCACCAACAGAAAAUUUUUGUCACCAAACUGGUCGAAAAGCAGCCACCAACGGCAACCCUGUUUGUAGUGUUUGUGGUUACUGUAGCAAACCCUCGGUUGCUUUCCAAAUAGCAUUUUUGUAUUGGAUUUGCACUUUCACGCAUAAUUGUAAUUUGUGAACUCGUCAAAGCAGUUCACAUUUGCAACAUUGCAAUUAUUCGAAAUCCGAGCCGAGCGGGUGGCUGCACGGGCAACGAUCUACGAUUUUUAAAGGGUUCAGCAAAGAAAUUGAUCUCCGAGUCGAUGUUGUAGGUGCCUAGUUUUGAGUGCUCGCAAACUACAGCCUUUGAAGAAAACUUAAUGAGAAAAUGUUGCCGGAUUAUUUGCUUAAACCCUGGUAUGGUAGCAUGGUGAGGCAGCUUAGGCUUGAAUUUGUACUCGACCAGUAUUUUUUUUAAUGAUCCGAGUGAAGAGAAUUUUUUUUAUUUUUUCAACUUCAUCUUCGAAUAUCAAAGUUGUGGCCCAAAAUGUACAGCUCGCAAGGGCCUCAAUCGCCCGAGCACGUUCAUAACUGUGAUCGUGCCAACUGUGAGGAGGCUUUCUCUUAUUUUUGCUUCUCUUGUGCUGACAGCUAGUGUAAAAAUGCUGCCUCCUCCCAGCACUGUGGUGAAGGAAUACGCGGCAACAUCGUAUAUUUUUGCCAAGGAGGCGAGGUAUCUUUUACGUCUCGUCAGAGCUUUUAUUAAAAUGUGGAAUGCCGGACCUUCUUGGGCAUAUUUAGCGAGGCUGGAUCUGGAUGUUUAAACUGUUCACGAAAAUUUAAUGUGCUUGCGAUACAGGUCAAACUACUGGAGUGGCACCGUUCACGUCUAAACCGGAGCAUCGAGCUUGCUUUUCCAAGCUCAACUUGUCAUGUUUAGGGCUACGAUAAAAGAUGUACUAUGCUCAAGGUCGUCUAUUUGAAGAUGAUCAAAAAAUUAGUACUGUUGGUGUCCCACUGCGGCUUUGCAAUUGCCUCCGUACCACUUACACCUGGCCGUGGGAGGUAUCAGAUAAUUUUCUGCAAGGAAUACCUACAAUGAAGGCAUUCAGUUGGCUUUCAUUCCAUUUCCUGGCUAACUUCUCUAAAAAAUGGUGGACCAUUUGUGAAAUGGUACAGUCUUUCUCAAAAGCACAUAGAUCAUUAUUUGUAUUGACUGUUAUUGUGCAGGUUUACUAAAGUUUCAGGGGUGUAAAAUUCUUUCUCUUUUUUUACUCGGCACAAUAAUUUGAGCACAAACCUUUUCACUGUCUACAAACUGAAGGCUUUAGGUGGAGCCAUGUCGGUCGCUUGAUGCCAAGGGCUUUCUUUUUUGCCACUUGUAAUGAAUCGAUUAACUCUGCGAUUCACAUUACGACAGCAAAUCACAAUGCCAAAAAAGUCUUACAAAGAUUCGUAGGCCAUGGAUAUUUCAGCAAUAAUGAAGACCAUCUUAUUUCGUUUAUGCUGAACAGUUUGAGUUUGUGCUAGACACCUGAAACAAGUCGGUAGGGACGAUUCCAAAAGAGCAUCGUGGAUGUAACACGUCGAUCAAGUAAAGACUACAAUGUGAGGUUCCUGACAACACGAAAAAUGCAGUUCUGGGUUUGUUGGCUGCGUAAAGCAAUGCUUGCAAAAAUGCAGUUCUGGGUUUGUUGGCUGCGUAAAGCGAUGCUUGCUCUGUUGCUUUAAAAUUGCUAUAAUUUUAGAUAUAAACUACAGAUCAAGCAUUAGAAGUGUCGGCGUAACUUCUUCUCCAGGGAGAAAGAUGAAUCGAGAUUACAAAUGCACGUUGCAAGCUCAGCCAUUUCUAAAGGGCAGAGAUACUUUCAUUUUUAUUUCUUGUUACUUUGCUUUUAUUACUUCUCAGGCAGUACCCCAAUUCCUGUGAGAAAAAGAGUGAACAUUGACAAUUUGGUGUAUGUUGCAAACCGAUGAAUUCCAUUUUGUGGACUGUUGAAGCUCAUUUAAGCCAACUGUGUUGUUUUAAAUCUUUACUUCUACUGCUGUUGGGCCACAUCUUGUUUACUUUUUAGUCCUCCGCCCUGGCUGUCGACGUUUCACGAGCUUUGUAAGAUCAGCGUUGUUUGCUGAUGCUGUUGACGCCAUAAUAAAGUGAAAACGAAUGCGUAUAUUAUAUAUACUCAAA